AUGAAUGCCGGCCAUAAGAAGAAGAAGAAGUCCAUGAAUAUAUCUAUGAUUUCCUCGAUAUGACAAGUUUUGUAACCUAAAUAGUCGCCAACUUUAACUAUUAAUAUUUCGCUUCGUGGGGCAGAGCGAUACUUUUUGCUAUAUUUUUUCGUUUUAUGCAAAACAUCGAAUGAGCAUAAUUUUAUCGAUAUUUGAGAUAAAAAAAACGUAUGAUUCAAGGAUUUCUUUGAUAGAUCAUAAAACUGCAACAUGUUGGAAAACAUGAACAAGGAAUUGGCGUCUAUAAAAUCACAUUAUUUUCUUUACAAUGCUGCGACAGCACCAAUGGUACAAUUUUUGCCAACAAUCGGAAAGCAAUUAGGCUUCUCCGGAACAUUAGUUGGCACAAUGUAUACAGUAUUACCAAUUUCUGGUCUAAUCGCGAAACCAUUGUUUGGUAGUUUAGCUGACAAGUUUAAAUUGCAUAAAACUUUUUUUUUGAUAUUCCAAGCUGUAUUGACAAUAGCUUUCUUUUGUAUUUAUUUUAUUCCUGAAAUGGAUAGGAACGCAAACGUUACUCUUAUCUGUGACAAUAACAUACCAUUUCUAGAGAUUUGUCCACAGAAAGAAUUUUCACCAAAAACAUUAAAUGCUGUAAUAGUAAAAAAUAUCCAUACUAACUCAGUUUGUCAGUUAUCCUGUGAAGGAGUACCUCAUGGUUACAUAGAAUUAUCUGGCAAGAAUGUUUCCAUGAACAGUACAUUCAAAUUUAGUGCACAAUUUGAUGUAUAUCAAGAUUUACUUACGAGCAACUGUGUAGAUGUAAAAGUGCAUAUGUUUCUGGAUGAUGUUACUCAAGUUCCAGUUUGCGGGGACCGACUGAGAACUAAAUGCAUGGCAACCUGUCACAACAACAUUGCAUUUAAUCAUCUUUUACAAGAGGCCAAGAAUUCGCACAUUGAUACAGAACAGUCUAUAUAUCAUUUCUAUUUAUUUUUUUGGACAGCCAUAGUAAGUUGGAUUGGAAUGGCUGUCGUGGUCAGCAUAGCGGAUGCCAUUUGUUUCGAUCUGCUUGGUUAUGAGAGGAGAAGCGAUUAUGGGAAGCAAAAGAUGUGGGGCAGCAUCGGUUUCGGCAUAUUUGGUAUAAGCGCAGGCUACCUAGUGGACCUUGUGAGCGAAGGACAGUAUGAAAAAGAUUACACUUGUAUAUUUUACAUUAUGCUGAUAGCUAUGAUCGCUGAUAUCAUUGUAGUUGCUGUAACAUUGAAAAAGAAAAAUCCAGAAUGCUCUACGGGUGAACCUUCACUAUUUCGGGAGCUAUUGAGUGUUGUCAGAGAAGGCAGAGUAUUGGUGUUUGCCUGGUGGUGCAUAGGCGCUGGGAUGUGUACAGCAGUUAUUUGGAACUUUCUGUUUUGGUACAGUGAAGAUAUAGCAACCAGCUCUCAUAUUGCAUGGAUUAAGACUCUGCAGGGUCUUAUGACUGGCGUUCAAUGUUUCUUAGGAGAAUUACCCUUCAAUUUUGUGUCGGGUAGUGUAUUGAAGAAACUUGGCCACAUUAAUGUCAUGAGUCUCGUGUUGCUCAUUUAUGCAAUUAGAUUUAUGGCAUAUAGCGUUAUAUCAAAUCCUUGGCUGUUUUUAAUUCUUGAAUUGCUCCAUGGACCCUCGUUUGGUCUAUGUUGGCCAACAAUGGUGUCCUAUGGUGACAAAGUGACACCAUCUGGUACCAAAGCUACUAUGCAAGGCUUUGUCGGUGCUAUCUUUGAAGGAAUUGGAGUGGCAAGUGGUAGCUUCAUAUGUGGUUGGUUGAUGGACACAUUUGGAGGUGUUAUAUUACUAAGAACGUUUUCAGUAGGUGCACUCUUAUGGUUGAGCGUAUUUUGGUUGCUGGAACUCUUACUGAGGAAAAUGAAGGCUAAUCCAUUAUAUCGAGGCCAUAGUCGUGAGUAACGAUUAUGUGGAUGUAUAUCAAAGUACAUAAUUUAGCAAAUUAUGCUAAUCCAGACGAUGCUAUUCUUAUGACGAUAAGUCAAGAAUUGCAAACCUAUUAAUAGAGCAAUUUUAUGUGAGAUGAAAAUAUUGCACAGUUGAAAUUGAACAAAAUUAAUUUUUCAUUGCAUAUGCACCGUGUGCUGAAAGAAAUAUUUGUCUCGUGAUAUUUUGUCUUUUUAUAAUAUUCACAAGAUUUUCAAUCAUUCAGUAUUAUAUGUCAUAAGUGUAAAUUAUAUUGAUGUAUACAAUAUCAUUGUAAUAUAUAUUUUUCUAGAUUA